GUUGUCUGCUAGAGAUCCUCCUGAUAACCGAGCCAGGCCUCGUCCCUCCAGCACAGCUUCCCAGCGAGCCAUGCCCUGCGACGACAAGUGCGGCUGCGCCAUGCCGUGCCCGGGCGGCGCCGCUUGCGGGCACGGUGGCCAGGCCUCGUCCUCCCCAGUGUGCCGGGAAGAAGCAGAGCAGCGGCGGCGGGGCGGUGCCGGUGAACCCCGCGGCCGUGGCGCACACCACCUGCACCUGCGGCGAGCACUGCUCCUGCAGGCCGUGCUCCUGCGGCCGGCUCGGCUCCGGCGACGGCGACGGCAGGGCCGACUGCACCUGCGGCCCCACCUGCACCUGCGUCGUCUGCACCGCCUGAUCAACCCAUCCGACUAGUCGUCGUAGCGUACCGUGUGUUUGUUGCUUCAGAUGGACUGUACCACUCUGUCAGCCAGUGUACUCAUGGCAUGAAUAAGAAUCCUUCAUCUUCA